AAAAUACAAAAAAUGGAGUUUCCCUAAUCCCCAACACGUGCCUCACCAUCUCUCGUUCGCUCUAUCAGUCUCUCAGUUUUCUUUUGGGGUUUCUUCUCUCUCUCCAUUGCUUCUCACUCGCUCUCUUGUCUCUCAACAAGUACACAAACGUCAAAAGCUGGGAUGGAAGCCCUUGGUUCUGUGGAUGACCUUUUGGAUUUCUCAUCUGACAUAGGCGAGGAUGACGAUGACAACACUAAGAAAGCCUUUCCUUCACUUAAACCAAAAUGCGGUGAUCCACUGUCGCUUGAUACAUUGGACCUGGCCGAUCCAAAUUCAUUUUCUGAGUGUGCAGAAGAAGAGCUUGAAUGGUUAUCCAACAAAGAUGCGUUUCCGGCUGUGGAAACAUUUGUUGACUUGGCCUGUAUUCAACCAGAUAUUUUGAAGUAUCAAAGGACAACCCCGAUGCUCGAGAACAGCACAAGCAGUAGCAACAGCAAUAACAGUAGCAACAGCAUUACCCUGCUAAGUGGCUACAAUCACAUAAAGUUCCCUGUCCGUGCACGGAGCAAGUCUCGCAGUAAGCCUCGCAUUGGCCUUGCUGACACCUCUAACCAGCUAUUCUCGUGGAGACUACCGAGUAACAAAGUUUCAAAAGAACGAGUACAAACCUUGGCCAUUGGGAGGAAAUGUACUCACUGUGGAGCCGAGAGUACUCCACAAUGGCGGGCAGGUCCAAAUGGUCCAAAAACACUUUGUAAUGCAUGUGGGGUUAGGUAUAAGUCUGGCCGACUUGUGCCUGAAUACCGCCCUGCAAAUAGCCCAACUUUUCGCAGUGACGUGCAUUCUAAUUCCCACAGGAAAGUAUUGGAGAUGAGGAAGCAUAAGGGAAUGGGUUGAUAGUCAUGGAUAAAAUGAAAAAUGGUAGUGAAACAUUGCUUUUAGCAUUUAGCAUUGCUAAAAGUUAGGAUUUUGUUUUUCAUUAUAUUCUGAUUAAUUUUUAGUCCAUUUUUGCUAUGGGAUGAUUUAGAUUGGCAGUGAAAUUUUUUGAUUAAAAUUGAAAUUAGAGUCAUUAAAUCCUUUUCAUAAAAUUUAGGUUUUUUAUUUUUUUGAUUUGAUUGUUUUUAUUCUGGUAACAUGUACUUUGAUAGUGAUCAGGGAGAAGAUGGACUGUUGGGAUUUACUUGGUCCCUUCAUCAGGUAGAAACUCUUAUGAUUUGAUAUGUUCUCAUCUUGAUCUCUAUACUUCACUUUUGGUUUCCGUGUUCGUCGACACCGACAAUUGACCAUCUCUGCAAAGCUUAUUUUCCUUUCUCUUAAUCUACUCCAUUGCACCUUAUGAUAUAUUGACCUUGAGUUUUUCUUCAUUGAUACCAUUCCACCUCCUCUUCUAUGUGAUUUCAAGGCGCUCCUUUCAAGCCCUUUCCUCUCAUUAUCAUCCUUAUUCUUAAACACUUUCUUUCCAAUUUCCCUUCUAUCCCCUUUCACCUCUGCCAAUUCUUUCAUGUGGACAGGUUCUAUGUGCUUCAUACAGAGCUAGCUAGAUUUUCUGCAUGAUAAAAUUACAGAUGUUAAUGUUCAGGGUUAUUUAUGGUGUCUAGUGUGGUGAUACUAUAUUUUUAUGCAAGGCUCCAUCAUAAGGAGUUUAAUCAUAAUAUAUAUUGAGUUUGAGUUAUUUGUAUUGAUGAGGGAUUGGGGUUGUUUUCUGCCUUUGACCAUAUUGCCUUGGAAUCACUAAUGCUAACUAGGAAUGGUAAAAUAGGUUGGAUCUGCCAUGUUAAUAAGACAUUUUUGUUGGAUUGAGCCAAGAUUUCGAACCAACAUUUUAUUUUCUAGUGUUUUUACGUUAAUACCCUCAUAUAAAUACUAUAAAUUUUAAGAAAUGCAGGCCGC